AUGUCUACACCGAGCGAAAAUGGCAGGAGCCCAUCAAAACGGCCGCUCGAAGAGGCUUCGGCUGAGGCAGCUGACCAGAAGAGAGUGAAAAAAGAACCCACAGACGCAAUUCCUGAUAAUGAUGAUCAAUUCAACGACCUUUUCGACGAUCCUAUCUUUGAUCAGAACGGGGACGAUUCGGCUCCAGUCGAUACUAAUACGGGUGUGGGCGAUAUAGAACUUCCGGACUUCCUUCAAGAUACAAAACCAAAUGAGCCUUUAGAGCCUAGUGUACCUGGUACGACAACGGGCCCCACAGCAGCAAGUCCUGGAACGCAACCAUAUACGGCGCCUGUCACGGCAGCACACAGCAAUCAAGCUUCGAAGCUGCCUACUCCAUUAGCGGCACAGAGACCAAGCUCCGCUGGCCCUAUGAGAACAUCAGAUACGCUGGUUCCACAGGUUGGUACACCUCAAAGCCGACUCAAUCAAAGCCAUAGCCCUAUCCAAACACCACAAGUAACAACACAAAGUGAUAUUCAAGGCGGAAACACACCGGGUCAGCCGGGCUCGCUGGCUGGUCUUUCACAGACGAGUUCAAACUCCUCACUUCCUCCAACCGCCACUCCCAUGUAUCAAUCCCAGUCUCAGUACCCUUACCAGAACUACAACAAGGGAUCGCUUGCACAAUAUCCUAAUCAAUACCGUCAGUCUCCAAACCUGACGGCGUACAAGCAAGGUACCCGUUUUGAUCCUAGAAGAACGUACCCAGCGCCCACUGGAAUGGGAAACUCAUAUUCAACUAGUAGCGUGCCAGGAGCUUACGGUGUAGGUUCCAGCGCUGGAGCGGUACCAGGUUCAACUGCCCCUCAGGGUAAAGAGGACCCUGACCAGUAUAAGGAUGCUAUUCAUGCAGCUGGUGUGGACAUUCUGCGAGAAGAAGAGUUGCUUACAGCCAAUUAUAACAGAAACCCUGUUAACUUACAGCAACAACAGUAUGCUAACCGUCAAAGGCAACUUUACGGACUGAUGAAUGCAUUCCUUCAGCCUUACCAUGUUGGGCUUUUCAUGAACAAAACAGCAAGAGAAAAUGGCGUGUACCAGAACUUCAUGGCCGAUCCAGAGAUGCUUGAAUUCAUGUCAGCUGCCUGUAAAGAAUGGCUCUCGAAUAUUGUCACGAAAACUGUCAUACUAGCAAGGCACAGACGUCGUGGUAUCCCUGCAUUGACACAGGCUCGUGGAAGCCAGAAACUGAAGCUUCCGCCAGCCCAGAGGUCCGACGUUUCCAAAGAGUUGCGUAAUCUCGCCUUGCGUCAUAAAGAGCAAGAAGAAGCCCGUGUGUCUAAGCGUCUAGCAUUGGGAGUUGAAAAUAAAGAUGAUGUUGCGCCCGAAACAUCCAAUAAAGCUGGUGCCGAAGAGACACUCCAUAGAGCCGCUAAUGCUACUGCUGCUAUGAUGACAGGCAACUCUGCAAGAAAGAAGUACUCUUGGAUGAAAUCAGGUGGUGGCGGUGCUGGAGAUGAUGGUAAGCAAGGUGGUGCAAGCAAAGAAGGUGGUCCUAAGCAGAGUGCCAUUAUUUCGUCGCGUGGUGAUAAUGGGUUGAGGUAUAGAGAAAUCCGCACAGGUAAUAUGGUGACUACAAAGGAUUUGCUUGGUGUUCUAGAAGAUGAAAGAGUGGGAACUUCAAAGGCCGUCAUUAAGGGUUAUGCCAAGUUGAAGGAUUAA